UUCAUCUUCAUUCUUCUCUUUUCACUUUCUAAAACCAUUGAUUCUCAUUUGUCUUCCCAAAGAAGAAGAAACAACACAUAAAACACAAAAGAUGGCAGCAGCUACAAUUUCUACCAUCUCAAUGAUCGACUCCAACAAAAUGGAAGUUGACAAACUCACGUACGAAAUAUUUUCCAUUCUUGAAAACAAAUUCCUCUUUGGUUACAAUGACCCAACACUUUCUCCUACAUGCAAACAAAACUGUACUAAUACGUUAACACCCUUUGCCGGAACAAAAACUGUCGCCGCCGGAAAAAUCAGAAUUCUCUCAAUUGACGGCGGUGGCUCCACUAAUGGCAUUCUAGCAGCAAAAUCUUUAGCCCAUUUGGAAGCAACCCUUCGUUGUAAAACCGGAAAUAAAAACACCCACAUUGCCGAUUUCUUCGAUGUUGUCGCCGGCUCCGGCGCCGGUGGUGUCCUCGCCGGUCUUCUUUUCACGCGUGGGAAAGAUGGGAUUCCGAUGUUUACUGCUGAGGAAGCUCUUAAAUUCCUUCUUGAGAGUGAUAGGAAAAUUUCACGGUGUUCUAACCGUGGAUUUUUCCGGCGUGUUUUCCGGCCGGCGAAGGUGUUUGAUAAAUUAUUCAGCGGUUUAACUUUAAAAGAUACGGUUAAGUCGGUUUUAAUCCCCUGCUACGAUCUAACUACGAGAUCACCGUUUGUAUUUUCGCGGGCUGAUGCGUUGGAGAUGGACGGUUGUGAUUUUAAGUUGGCGGACGUUUGUGAGGCCACAGUGGCUGAUCUUUCGGUGGAAGUGAAGUCAAUUGAUGGAAGAAGGAAGAUCACAGCCGUUGGUGGUGGGGUUACGAUGAAUAAUCCAACGGCUGCAGCUAUCACUCAUGUACUUAACAAUAAACAAGAGUUUCCCUUUGCUAAUGGAGUUGAAGAUUUGUUAGUGGUUUCUUUGGGUAAUGGAGAAUCAGAUUCCGGUACCGGAAAUGUGAUGUUAUCCCCGGCGGCAUUUGUUAAGAUUGCCGGAGAUGGAGCUGCCGAUAUGGUAGAUCAAGCUGUAUCAAUGGCAUUUGGACAAUUUAGAAACAGUAACUAUGUUAGAGUACAGGGAAAUGGAAUUGUUGGGAAAAAACACGAAUCGACGAGCAAGACAGUAGCCAUAUCUGAAGAAAUGCUAAAGCAGAAGAAUGUGGAAUCUGUGUUAUUUCAAGGGAAGAAAUUGGUGGAAUACACAAAUUUGGAUAAGUUGGAAAUAUUUGCUGGUGAAUUAAUCAAAGAGCAAAAAAGUAGGAAAACUACAAUAUUACCCCCAGUCAUGUUGAAACAGGCAUCACCAUCUCCUAGAACUUCAUCUGCAACAACUUCAUCCACCAUUUCCUCAUGUUAAUAAUCUAGCUCAAGAUUUUAAAAAAUAAGGGGAGAAAAUUAAUUAACGUAAAGUAAAGAAGACCUAUGUAUCAUGAUCAUAUAUUAGACCUAUGUUCCAUUAUUAUUAAUUAGGUUAGAAUAUUAUAGCGAGGUAAUUAAGGUAGGGUGGGUUAAGUUGAAUUAAUGUUGAAGUAUGGGUUUGAAGCCACUCGUGAAUAUUUCAGACAUCCGAGUUUGAGCUGAGCUGCCUGCUAAAAUAGCCUGAGAAUUUUUUUUCUAGUUUUUUUUUUUAUCUUGAGGUUGAUUUGUAGUGAAAUGUAUGUAGGGUUGAAUCUUGAUGAAUGUGUGUAUGUAUGUGAUGUUAAUAUUAUAAAUGUAUUGCUUGUUAGAGCAAUGAGAAGCACUUGGUAAUUUGUAAA